CAGCCACAGCUCGCUCCGGCGGUGUCUGGGCUCCCGGUCUCGACUGUGAGAUCUCUGAGCUGCGCAGGGCCCCGCCCCGGGCUCCAUUGUUGAGGCAGAGGACGCUCCGCGGGCUGCGGUCCCUCGGCCGUCCAGCGCUCACCAGCCACUGAAUCUUGAGCAAUGGAAGAGUUAAUAGUGGAACUCCGCCUCUUUCUGGAGCUCCUGGACCAUGAGUACCUCACAUCCACUGUCAGAGAGAAAAAGGCAGUGCUCACCAACAUCCUGCUGCGACUGCAGUCCUCCAAGGGCUUUGAAGUGAAGGACCAUGCUCAGAAGGCAGAGGCCAACAACCUGCCAGCACCACCCCAGAUGCCUCUGCCGGAGAUCCCACAGCCAUGGCUGCCUCCUGACAGUGGGCCUCCGCCUUUACCGACGUCCUCUCUCCCAGAGGGUUACUACGAGGAAGCUGUGCCGCUGAGUCCUGGAAAAGCUCCAGAGUACAUCACCUCAAAUUAUGACUCUGAGGCCAUGAGCAGUUCCUAUGAAUCAUACGAUGAAGAGGAAGAGGAUGGGAAGGGGAAGAAAACCCGCCAUCAGUGGCCGUCAGAGGAGGCCUCCAUGGACCUGGUGAAAGACGCCAAGAUCUGCGCCUUCCUGCUGCGCAAGAAACGCUUUGGCCAGUGGACCAAGCUGCUCUGUGUCAUCAAAGACACCAAGCUGCUGUGCUAUAAAAGUUCCAAGGACCAGCAGCCUCAGAUGGAGCUGCCGCUGCAGGGCUGCAGUAUCACCUACAUCCCGAGAGACAGCAAGAAGAAGAAGCACGAGCUGAAAAUCACCCAGCAAGGCACAGACCCUCUGGUUCUCGCCGUCCAGAGCAAGGAACAGGCUGAGCAGUGGCUGAAGGUAAUCAAAGAGGCCUAUAGUGGCUGCAGCGGGCCCAUGGAUCCGGAAUGUUCUCCACCACCCGGUGCCAGCGCUCCCGUGAACAAGGCAGAACUGGAGAAGAAAUUGUCUUCAGAGAGGCCCAGCUCCGAUGGAGAAGGUGUUGUGGAAAAUGGAGUCAUCACGUGCAACGGAAAAGAACAAGCGAAGAGGAAAAAACCCUCCAAGUCAGAGGCCAAGGGGACUGUGUCCAAGGUCACUGGGAAGAAAAUUACCAAGAUCAUCGGUCUGGGAAAGAAGAAGCCAUCCACAGAUGAGCAGACGUCAUCAGCAGAGGAGGAUGUGCCCACCUGUGGCUACCUGAAUGUGCUCUCCAACAGCCGCUGGCGGGAGCGCUGGUGCAGAGUGAAGGACAGCAAACUUGUUCUCCAUAAGGACAGGGCGGACCUGAAGACCCACAUCGUCUCCAUCCCUCUCCGUGGCUGCGAGGUGAUUCCGGGCUUGGAUUCUAAGCACCCGUUGACCUUCCGGCUGCUUCGGAAUGGACAGGAGGUGGCUGUCCUAGAGGCGUCAUCUUCUGAAGACAUGGGCAGGUGGAUAGGCAUCUUGCUGGCUGAGACAGGGUCCUCCACGGACCCGGGAGCCCUGCACUACGACUAUAUAGACGUGGAGAUGUCAGCAAACGUCAUUCAGACAGCCAAGCAGACCUUCUGCUUCAUGAACAGGCGGGCAGUGUCCACUAGCCCAUACCUGGGGAGCCUCUCCAAUGGCUAUGCCCAUCCCAGUGGGACAGCACUACACUAUGAUGAUGUCCCCUGUGUCAAUGGCUCGCUGAAGAGCAAAAAGCCUCCAGCAUCAUCUAAUGGGGUUCCUGUAAAGGGGAAGGCUCCCAGCAGCCAGCAAAAAAAGGUGGAACCUGCAAGUGGUGUGAAACGGACAGCGUCAAAUGCUGAACAGUACAAAUAUGGUAAGAACCGGGUAGAAGCGGAUGCCAAGCGGUUACAGUCCAAAGAGGAAGAGCUGCUGAAGAGGAAAGAGGCUCUGCGGAACAGGCUGGCACAGCUCCGCAAAGAGAGGAAGGACCUGAGGGCUGCCAUCGAAGUGAAUGCAGGCAGGAAGACCCAGGCGGCCCUGGAGGAGAAGUUGAAGAGGCUGGAGGAAGAGUGCAAGCAGAGGGAGGCGGAGCGGGUCAGCCUGGAGCUGGAGCUGACCGAGGUCAAGGAGAGCCUGAAGAAGGCCUUGGCGGGUGGCGUCACCCUAGGGCUGGCCAUCGAGCCCAGGUCAGGGACAUCGAGCCCACAGUCUCCCGUGUUUCGGCACCGCACUCUGGAAAAUUCUCCCAUCUCCAGCUGUGAUACAAGCGAUGCUGAGGGGCCCCUGCCUGUGAACAGUGCAGCCGUCCUGAAGAAGAACCAGCCCUCCUCGGGCAGCUCCCCCUGCCGUGGGCACGUGCUGCAGAAGGCCAAGGAGUGGGAGCUGAAGAAUGGGACAUAGAGGGAGCCCAGCCACGCCUAGAGACUGUGUACUGCUACCAGCCUCGCGUGUGACACGUGCGCCCUCCAGAGUGGCCUGAAUGUGACCGCAGAAGUUUGGACGAGUCUGACGCUGACCCUUGGCUGGCUUGCGUGCACGCUUUCUACUGUAUGACGGUGCCCUUUAGGAAAGUUUACUUUAAAACUUUGGUGUCCAAAUUUACUUGUUAAGAAGCAGAAAGGAAAGGGUUUUGAAGCACCCUCUAGCAGAUGGGGCGGUUCUGAGGACCUUAGCUCAGCCCUAGACUGCAGCCCGUGGACCUUGCGUCCCCGUGAGACGGGGUGACCCGAGUCUUCCCCAUGUACAGUCGGAGCUGCAUACCUCACCCUGUUUGCCAGACGGUCCUACUCUGCAGCAACAGCAUGAGCUCCUGUGUCUCUGCACACCCCUCCCCCUCCCACCUGUCCCUUGUCACUGGAGGUGAAGCCAUGAGGAAUAGCGCUGUGAAGCGACUUUAAAAUUCAGUUUUGGUUUUGGACAAACCUUUUGUCACCAGGUUAGAGAAGUUGUCAUUCUUUUUACUAGUGUUUUCCAUGUUUGCCUUUAAAGAAAAUGCCUCCCCCCUUUGAUUAUGUGCUAUGCUUGGACUUUGGGGACUUUUCAGAGACCCUGUUUCCUUCCCACUUUAUGAUGUACUUUGAGAGGCAGCACAGAGCUUUCAUCGUUGGGUAGCUUGUGCCCCUUUCUCCUGAGACCCCAGCUUCCCGGGUUGCCAGGCAGGAGCUCCUCCGCCCAGGAGGCACAUUGGCCACCAUCUGCCUGUGGAUUCAACAAAGCGGGUUCUAGAACCUGUAGCUUAACCUGGGCCAUCUUUGAACAGAGAAGAUCUUUCCAGAACACCUUCCUCCAGUUUACAGUUAAAGCUGUGUGUCACGGGUGCACUCCCGUGCUGAGGUUCGAAUUGUGUGGGCCCCUCCCACUCUCCUGCUUGCCUCUGUGCACUUCAUAGGAUAGUCUGGCUGCUCAGGAUGUGCUGUGUACAGAGAUCAUGGGGGCUAGCCUCUACCCUAGGGAGAGUCAAACUGACUUUUUGGGCUUCCUGGGUACAGUCCAAGCCUUUCCACCAUGGGGAGAUGGCAGGCAGUGAUCUGGAAAUUAGGCCUCUCUGCAGACGUGUGCAGGGCCAGGUGUCCCUGGGUGAGAACCUGGGGAUGCCUUCCCAUCAGCGUCCUUAGCACACACAGGAGGAAAGCCUCCCAGGCUCUCUGUAGAGGUGCCUUCAGGGCCUUCCCUGGGCAGCCUCCAUGGCCACAAUUGAUGCUGUGCUUGAGCCCCGCCCCAGCUGCCUUGGAGUCAGCUAAGAGCAGCGAGGUAAUCACCAGGGUCCAGGGACAUCACCGUGUACAGGGAAGCUGCUCAGCUGAAGGUCUGUCCCAGGCUAGCCCCGUGGCCUCAGACAAAUGUCUAAUGGUGCUUUGCUCUAGUGCCUUCCUCCAAAGGGCAGUUAGGAUUCCUCACACCAGCAUCUGUGUGGGCUGAUUUCUGCCUGGAAACUGUGUAGGAGGACCAGGAGGAGGGAUACAGCCUCCAUAUACACCAGCCUGUUCAUGGAGCUACAACUGGGGGAGCCCCUUGGGUCAUCACAGGGAACUGCCGCUAUUCUGGGCUCUGAAAGGGAAGAGAAUUUGCUGUGCCAUAGACUCCUGCUGCCUUGGGUCUCAGAGCAGCGCUGUUCCAGGCUUUGACUGUUACCAAAACAAGGAGAAAAUGCUCAAUUUAACAGCCAAGUCUGGCCAGCAUAGUGAAGUAUCAUGUCCAGCCAAUAAGCCUCAGAUGAGUUUGUCCUGAUGAAGACACACAGCGGGCUCCAAGCUCCUGGUGUUCAUAAUUUGUGCCGAGAAACCCAGGCUUGUCAUCCAUUCAGUUGCAGUGGAUCCUGGAAGUCCCUCAGCACCAUGUAAAGUGGGUCCUGGGGAAGGGACGGCCCUCAGCACAGGCCCCCUGGGGAAGGGAUGGCUCCCAGCACAGGCCCCACUGUCCUGUGCUCCCAUUAGUGUACUUAGAUUUGGUCAGAAAGCUAGUUGAGAGCAUUUGUUUCAAAAUAAGUUAUUUAUUUGUAUAUGUUCAAUAAAUAGAGUUUUAAUUUAUAUAUGUACAUAUUGGACACCCAUGAUCCCGUCGGGAUUCUCAGUGUUCUCAUUUUAUGACCCUCCCAAAGCCACCAGCAUGACCCCAGCCAUUGAUGGCACAGUUUGCUCUGUGUGGAGCCAGGCGGGCAGAGGGCUGAACCCUGUCUGUGAGCAAUCGGUCCUCUGGACCAUGGGAGAUGCUCCGCCUCUCGGGGCCUCUCUUUGUCUGAGGCCCCAAUGUUCCUCGGGGUCUACUUUUUGUUACAAUUUGGCAAGAUGUCAUCAGCUUUCCCAAACCCCUCUACUUUGAUGACGGUUUACUAACUAACCAUUUGUGUACAAAUAUCAUGCUGUCCUGGGGACUUGGUGUGGUCCCUAGCGUGGGCAUGGGGGCGGGACCCUUAGUGUCACACAAUCUCAUUUACCAGUGUUCUUGCAAGGCUGAGCGUGCGUCAAACAGGUCAUCCCAGGUGCCAGAAUGAUCUGUCCGAACAGCAUGGACUCACGUCACACAGAAUCUUCCAGAGUGCUUGCUGUUCCCUGCCUUGUGUGUCAGUGUCCUGUCCCUUCCCUGUGCAUGCCCUGGUCCUGCCUCACCCACCUGUCUGCCUCCUCCGACCACUGCUCCAAUCUCCCUUUGGCUGUUUCUGUGUCAACACACUCGUGCUGAUGGGACUUUUAGAAAAUCUGCUUUGGCCAUGGAGGGAUGCUUCCGCUAUGUGGGGACUAUGGUCCCCAGGUAGAAUUCAUGUGCAGGCAGCAGCCGGGUGUCUCUCUUCCCAAAGGCAAGGGACAAGUGCCCCCUGUUGCUGCCCUCCAUCCUGUGCUCUGGAGAUACUUGAGCCAAGUCAGUUAUACCUACCCUCACCAGCAGACAGGACAUCUUCAAGGUCCAUUCUCUGGGUGUGGCCACAUCAAAAUGAUUGAUCUUUCAGGUUUUCUUUUUUUCCUAAAGUAAUUUUAAAUCAGAAACAUUUCAAAUUCAUGACAUAGUUUUUAUAGAAGCAAUUGAAUGUCUGGGUCUUGUUCUCACUGACUUACUACUAAUUACACCAGAGAGCUGGGUUUCUACUGUGAAAUAAACUGAAAAUAACCCCCGUGCCGUGCACACACAGCUCAGCCCCAGGGAGAGGUGGAACUAGCCUUGUCCCUGGGGCGGGAAGCCAGCCCACCCCUCAGUUUUGGGGAACACCCUUUGCCAGUACUGGGGGACACACCACUGUGGUCUUUGGAAACUUGGGCUUCCCACACACCACAUUGGAUUAUCCUUCCAAAGUGGUGUCUUUAGUUCAUAAUUCUUAGGGACCAAAGGUGUUUUUAAUAUGAUAAUGUUUUAAUUGAUUUUCUAACAAAGGUUUACUCUACAUUUUAACACCAGUUUUUUUUACACUCUAGAUAUUCCAAAUCAAUUGCUCGUGGCUCUAAGUUGUAAAAUGUUUUCACGUUAUGAAUGUAAUUAUUUCCUUAAUGUAUUUUUUAAAAAAAACUAAAAUCAUAUUUAAAAUAAUAUUGGAAAGACACAGGCAAAGAAAAGAGAAAGUUUUUUUUAAUUAACUAUGUUGGUAGCCCAUUUGAAAUGACUGUAAAUAUAUUUUGAUUGUGUAGCUCAAUGUAUUUAAUUCAGAAAGUAAAAAUUUUUUAUGUAAAGAGACUUGCCAUGAAAAACCCUAGUUUUCAGUCCACGUCUCACAUCUCGUAGUCCCUUCACCCGACUCUUCUGCUCUACAAACUGAUUUUUUUCUACUGUUGUAACCGUGUACCCAUCGACUGACGCCCAUUGGCGGAACUUGUUUGUGUAUUAAUAAAACUGUGCUGUGUGGCCCGGCCUCAUGUCCUCCUGACAGUGGCUCACGGCGCAGAAGAAGA